UCUUUGCUCAAUAAGGGGGCUUGGAAAAGUAAGAAAAUCAAUCAAGACUCCCUCCAUUGAAGGGAAACUCAUAAUUACUGUUCUCCGACCCCACCAAAAAACCAAACUUCAACCAUAACUCUCCAUCUGUCCAAACAGAAUUUCUACUUGUGAAAGAACGUGCCACCCGUUUUAAUUUUUAAUUUUCUCUCUCUAAAAAUUACCCCCCUCUCUCUCUAUAUAUAUAAUUACAUAUAUGAAUCUUGACAGAGAAAUACAAAAUAUCUUCACGGCAAAAGAGAGAAUGAAGAGAGAAGACCUAAAACCUCGUUUAUACCAUCCGGAGAGGAAAUGGUUUCUCGCCGCGGCUAUAACUGGCUUACUCAUCGGCGCACUGCUCAUUUCCAGCUUCAUCCGCGACACAGACAACCCUCUCUUCUGCUCUCUAGCCAGCUACAAGACUGGCGCAGCCGCUAAAGACGAUCCUACGCCGAUCCAGCUCAAAGCGAUCGUCCACUACGCCACGUCGAGCAUCGUCCCGCAACAGAACCUGGCCGAGAUCUCAAUCUCCUUGGAGGUGCUCAAAUCCAAAGCUCCCUGCAAUUUUCUUGUAUUUGGGCUGGGCCAUGAUUCCCUCAUGUGGGCCUCGCUUAAUCCACGUGGCAAGACGCUAUUCCUGGAAGAGGAUCCGACUUGGGUCCAGACCGUCCUCAAGGACGCACCGUUUCUCCGUGCCCAUCACGUCCCGUACCGGACUCACCUCUCCGAAGCAGACGACCUCCGCAACACUUAUCGCUCCGAGCCGAACUGUUCUCCGACGAAGGCUUAUUUGCGCGGCAACGAGAAGUGCAAGUUAGCGUUGACCGGCAUGCCAGACGAGGUUUACGAUACGGAGUGGGAUCUGAUAAUGAUCGACGCGCCGAGAGGUUACUUCGCUGAGGCGCCGGGGCGGAUGGGAGCGAUAUUCUCUGCGGCGGUGAUGGCGAGGCACAGGAAGGGAUCCGGUGUGACGCACGUGUUCCUCCACGACAUAGAUCGGAGGGUGGAGAAGGCGUUUGCGGAGGAGUUCCUUUGUAGGAAGUACCGGGUUAACUCUGCAGGGAGGCUUUGGCACUUUGAAAUACCGUCUGCUGCUAACGUGAGCCGUGGUGGAGAGGAUAAGAGUGUUAGUUUUUGCUAGAAUGCGGUUGCGGUCCCCAGAUGUGCUGUGGCCUAUCUUUAAGGCGAUUAAUCCGCGUUGCCACCUGUUUGGCAAAGACAAUAUAGGACGGCGAACUAUUGGAGUAAACCAAUACAUUUUCCAAUUUAUACUAUGAUAUGAUUCAAUCUAUAGAUGAUAAACUCUCUCUCCUUUCUCUUUUUAGUAUGGUGAUUAUAAUGGAUGAACCAUUCUGUCUUUUGGAUAUGAUUCUUGAAAGCAAGAUUGCAUCUAUAUGAGUAUAUGCUAUAUGAGUAUAUGCUUUGUCAGUA